UCCCCUCUUGUGCUCGUCCCGUGUUCAUCCCCUCUCGUGCUCUGGACCUCGAGCCGCCGAUCUGGGAGGGCCGGAGCGCCGCCCGCAGCGAGUCCCCCCGCCCUCCCUGCCGCGGGAGCGGACGCCGCAGGCUCGCCGGGGCGCCGCCCGCUCGCCGCGGCGCUGCAGGAGAGCUGCGCCUCCCGGCCGCCGCCCGCCGCAGAUAGAUGGCCACAAAACUCGAUCAACCUUCUCCUGCCGAGCAUCGGCGACCAAAAUCCGCUGCACCACAAUCUUUGACUCCCAAGAUCUCAAUAUUCGGGACAAAAGCUGGAUUCGUCAUACCCAAGAACAAGCUAGCCGGCUCAAUCGUAACCAGGGGCGCCACUUCCAAGAAUGAUACAGCAACUACAUCCAAGGAAGAUAACAGCAGGCAUGCUCAGAGAAAGACAAAGUGGGGGCCUGACCUCGCCGCCGACCCUGCCGUGUGCAAAGGAAGGGCUUUGGCCUACCAGGUGUCAUUAAUUCAUAUUAGUGCAUGAGCAGACUCGAGUGGAGCAAAUUACCAAGCAGCUGAAAUCCGAAACUUUGGAUAUGGACGAAACUGAAGGUUCAAUGUCCACUGGAAAAGGGUCAAAUUCUGCUGGCACUGCAAAUCUGAAAGACAAUAAGCAGGGAAAGGUUGCGCUAUUGGAACUUGAAAGAAGCGAAAUUAUUGGUGAAAUACUCCGUCUGAAUCCAGGAUAUAAGGUGCCUGAAAACUACAAACCAGUACUUAAGGAGGCAAAAAUCCCUCUUCCGGCCGAAGCACAUCCAGGACAUGGUAUUAUUGGAGUUCUUAUAGGACCUGAGAGCAAUACCCAGAAGCGACUACAUGAAGAAACUGGAGCUGUAAUACAAGUUCAUGGGACUAAGAAAAUCAACGGAGAGAUGAGUGAGAUUCUUUAUCAAGACAUAAAUGAAGUUCAAGCUGCUUAUGAAGACCUACACAUCAAUGUCUCAGCUGACUCUUAUGAUAAAAUAGAUGCUGCAGUUGCAUUGAUUGAGCUGCUUCUGGCUCCUGUUUCUGUGAAGUCAACCGCUACUUCAACAACUACUACUGUUUCUUCAGCCGUUACCUCCGAUGAUGUAAAUCCAGUGCAGAAUACAACUUCACAGCAAGGUUUGCUUCAUUACCAAUCGAAUAAUGCUCCUUGGCUGUCUACUCCCCAGACCUAUGGUCCACCAGUUCCUUCCUCAGGGCCUGCUUUGAGUACAUUACCUAACAAUUCAUUGCAACCACAACCGCUCGCUGGUCCUUUCAGUAUUCCUCCAUAUACAGGCCAACCUCCUCACACGAAUAGCAUGCCAAAAAAUCCAUUUCCUGUUCCUGGACCUCAGCAACCAAUAUCAAGCGUUCCACAACAUCCACCUCAGUCCCAAGCCAACUCCUCAUUUGGGCCUUUUGGUCAACCACCUGGAAUUGUAAACCCACAAAUGACACCAUCUUCCUCAGUGCCACCACCAGUUAGGCCCCUUCAAAUACCCCAUGCAUCUGGUGGAUGGCCAUCUUUUUCUCCCAUUACGUCGCAAUCUCAGUGGCCUCAAGCUUCACCAACUUUUAUGCCAGUGAGACCUAUUUCCGUGUCUCCUCUUGGUGCAACUCCACCACAGGGUCCCGCUGCACUGACACCUCCAUCAAAUAUCCCCACCAUGUACCGCAGCCAGCAGCCAGCAGUAUCAAAUUUCACUUGUUCAGCACCAUUGGUUUCCAGGCCUCCUGCUGGAGCUCAGUCCUUUUCUACACUUGCGCCUCAUGGUCCUGCCUCGGUAGCAUUUCCUGGUGGGACAUCAACACAGUCAGCUUACCCACUUUCCAUGCAAGUAGUUUGGACACCUGGUCAAAUGAGAGGCCCACCUCCAGCUUUCUCUCAAGUUGGACCAACUCCUGGCAUUGUGCCUCCAUUGGUUGCAUCUCCCUGCCCGCCGGCCUCAGGUCCUGCGAGCACAAGCUGUAGUCGGGCACCAAUUGGAGCAUUGAGACCUCCACACCCUGUGGCUGGUGAUUUUACCUUUCGGCCUGUUGUGUCACCUGCACCUACUCGAGACUUCGCAGCAUCAGGAAGUCAAAUGGGAAUACAAGGCAGAAGUCACCCUGGCGCACUAUUCUUCCAUCCUGGCAAUCAGAGCCCCAAUCAAAGCUUCCAAAGGCCUUGUGAUGGGAGGACAGUGAAUAUUAUGGGUCAGACUCGGAUGCAUGCUCCACCUCCACACUUGCAUGGAGCCUUCCCCAGGAACCCAUCUCCUCUUGAGUUACCUGGGGGUUUCCUGGGGACCCCUCCAGCAGUACAAGCACCUCAGAUGCCGGCGCCAUCAAAUCCAUCGAGUUUUUUGCCUCCCCGCCCAUUUCAGCCAAGGCCAUCAUUGCAACUGAAUCCAUUUGCGAGCAGAAGAAGGCAGGGUAGCAAUCCAAUCUACGAUCCUUUUGCACCAACGGCAGUUCAGAAAACAGAGGCGUCGGACCCUGAGUACGAGGAUCUCAUGGCAUCUGUUGGCGUGAAGUAGUGACGACUGCUGAGUGGUGUGUGUGGUAAAGUCAGCCCCAGCUGUGUGUUGUUUGGCGACACAAACGGAGUUGCCUGAGAUGUACUAGUAACUAGUUAGUUCAUUUACCCUAAAAAGGACUAGUUAGUUCAUUUGUUAUAUAUACUACUAUAUUUCUAGUCUAGAUAGUUGCUAUUGGAAACACGUCUGAAAGGAGUGGAAUCCCUUGUUUGAAACACGCUGUAGGUGAAGGGGGUGUCACGGCCAUUCUCGGCAACAGUUGAUGUUUAUUUUUUGGAGAGGAAAACUGUUAUUAAAAAGAGCUAGCUGAAAGGUUAUGAAAGGUUAUCAUCAUCA